AUGACGCGGCGCGCCAAAGAGCGACGCACCAUGCGCGUGCACGCCAAGCAGCAGCUCGAAGACGAGCGACAGCGACGCGCCCAGCGCUUGGGCACGCGCUCGUCGUGGCUCGAGCUCUUGUCCGCUCUCGACGGCCCGAGCGUCAACAGCAGUCGCAGUAGCACUCGGCAGGUCCAUCCUAGCAACGGCGCAAAGCCGCUCAUCGUCGGCGAGCUGCAGUGGAAGAGCUCGCAAGUGCCCAUCGCCCCUUCGGGCCGGUUCCAGCUGCCCAUCAAGUUGGACGCGUGCAAGGGGCAGUUGCUCUAUUCGUUCCGGACGCGGACCUACGACGUCACCUUUGGCGUGCAGAUGAUCGGCGCCGACGGGACUUUGAUCGAGCUGCUCGAGCCGCGACGCUACGAGAGUCAGAAGCAGCACGUGCAAGGGCACUUGCGUCUCGCGGGUCCGGCGAUGGUGCUCCUGGUGUGGGACAACUCCUUCUCGUGGGUCAAUGCCAAGCAAUUGGCGUACCACGUGGAGCUAAAGCAGGAGACGCCACCGACGUCCGAAGCCGAGAAAACGCAACUAGCACUCGAUGCACGACUACAGCGGGAGCGGGAGCUCUUGCAGCGCGAGGGCGAGUACGACGGACUCGAGACUCGGAUGCAGACAGAAGCGCAGACGAUCGAGUUGCUGCGGCAUCAGAUUGAGGAGCUGCAGACGCAGCUAACACAACGCGAGGAAGCGAAAGACAACAUUCUCAAGGAGAAGGAACACGUAGGCGAGCGCAUUGACGACCUCUGCUGGGAGCUGCAAGAGCUGAGCUGGCGAUGCAUCGACGGCGCCGCACGUUGUCGCAUUCUGGAGUUCUUGGACGAAAGAGACUUACUCGCAUGGUCGCUCACGAGUAAGAAGUGGUACGAGCAUGCGAGCGCGUUUGUGGCCAACAGACGCGAAAGUGGCGAUUCAAAUGGACGAACUGCGGCGUGA